AUGAACGAAGUGAUGACGGUGUUCGAAUUAAAGCGGAAACUUGUGACUCACACAACAUUUCUGCUAUCCUUCAGUACUAUAAAUUUUGAUUCCCAAGCAGAAAAACUGCGAAUCACAUCAUUUAUGGCGAGAAUUAGCAAAGAUAUCCCAAGCAGUCGGUUUUUACAAUUUCAGUGGAUAUGCUUGAUUGUUGCUAUUGUUUCAGGCGAAAAUCUAACGUCAUUGACUGAUUCACAGCUGAAAAUUUGGAAUGUGAAUCGCAAUUUAGUUAAUGCGAGAUCGAAGCGCCAGAUCUGUUGUUGUUGUCCGAUGGCAUUAUCAUGCUGCGGUGGUUUAUCUUCGGCUCAAACUGCUUUCAAAUUACAACCCCCAGUAAUACCACCGCCAGUGCGUGUAAUGCAGCCAAUUCCAGUGCCAGUAUCUAUACCACGACCAGUAGUAGUACCGGUUCCUAGACCUGUACCACAACCCAUACCAAUGCCAGUACCACAGCCCAUGCCAAUGCCAGUACCACAACCCAUGCCAAUGCCAGUACCGCAACCUAUUCCAAUGCCAGUACCACAGCCCGCACCACCAUCUGUAGUACAACCUCAAUUAGUUCCUUUUCUUCAGCCUUCUCCUCAAAUUAGCCUAUUUGGCUCUUCUAGUUCCGCCUCAUGUUGUGCAUGUUGUAUGCCAGUAUGCAUGCAAGAAUGUAUUAAUCGUUGUACCCUGAUGGGCUGUGGUAUGAAGCGCAAAAAGCGAACCAUCCUCAUGGAUAAUAAUAUCAAUGUUUCAAAUGCUACGCUUCAUUAG